AUGACGACCAUGGAGCUGAGCGCGCUGCUGGCCAAGCUGACGCGCCGCGAGGACCUGACGGACGCCGAGGCCACGUUCGCCGUGCAGCAGAUCGCCUCCGAGAAGGCGGCCGAGAACCCCGUGGCCGUGGGCGUGCUGCUGGCGCUGCUGGCCGCCAAGGGCGAGAGCGCCUCCGAGGUCGCGGCCUUCGCCCGCCACAUGCGCUCCGAGGCCGUGAGCGUGCACGUUUCGUCCGGGCGCCCGACGCUCGACAUCGUGGGCACGGGCGGCGACGGCGCCAACACCGUCAACCUGUCCACGGCGGCGGCUGUGCUGGCCGCCUCGUGCGGCGCGCUGGUGGCCAAGCAUGGCAACCGCUCGGUGUCCAGCAGGUCCGGCUCGGCCGACGUGCUGGAGGAGCUGGGCGUGCCCAUGCUCAAGCCGGAGCACGUCGGCCCGUGCCUCGAGGAGGCGCAGAUCGCCUUCAUGUUCGCGCCGCACUUCCACCCGGCCAUGCGCCACGUGGCGCCCGUGCGCAAGGCCAUCGGCAUCCGCAGCGUGUUCAACAUCCUCGGCCCGCUGCUCAACCCCGCCGGAUGCAAGCGCGUGGUCAUCGGCGUGUACACGCCCAAGCUGCUGGACGUGUUCGGCGAGGUGCUGCUGGCCCUCGGCGUGGAGCACGGACUGGUCGUGCACUGCGCCGGCCUGGAUGAACUCAACUCGAUGGGCCCGGCAGACGUCGUGGAGGUGCGUCAGGGCGCCGAGAAGCCGUUCCGCCGCUACGAACUGCGGCCGGAGGACGUGGGCGUUCCGGCGGUGACGCUCGAGCAGCUCAAGGGAGGCGACGCCACUGAGAACGCGACCAUUCUGCGCAAGGUGUUCAGCGGUGGCGUCGCGAGCGAGUGCCCCGUGGGCAACACGAUCGCCUACAACGCCGGCGCUGGGCUCUACGUGUACGGCCUGGCUGACAGCAUCAAGAGCGGCUACGAGAUGGCCAAGAAGCAGCUGACGUCGGGCAAGGCGCUAGCCACGCUGGACAACUGGGCACAAGUGGCGCAGACGCUGCACGGCGAGCCUCAGCUGUGA